AUGGCGCACACCUACUCGCGCUCCAUCAGCUACGACACCCCGGCCUCGUCCUCGUCAUACCACGCCUACACGCCCACCACGCCCAGCGGCUCGUCGUCGCAGUUCAUCUCGCCCCAGGAUGCAAAGUACGGCGCCCCGGGCGCCCAGCGCACCUUUUCCAACACGCCGCUGGGCCUCGCCGACAUCCGCCCGCGCGCCGACUCGAGCAUGUCCGACGGGGCCCCCGGCACCCUGGGCUACGAACUCGCAAACACCCAGCCGGGCCCCAGCAACUACCUGGCUCCGUGGCCCAUCUACGCCUUUGACUGGUGCAAGUGGACGCCCCGAGGCAACGGUGCCGGCAAGGUCGCCGUCGGCAGCUAUCUGGAGGACGGCCACAACUUUAUCCAAAUCCUAGACAGCCAAGUCGUCCCGACGCCGCAGGAUGUAUACACGCCCGGCACAUCCAAGUACAGUCUCGAGUUCUCAAAGGUGGCCGAGGCCACGCAUUCGUAUCCCGUCACGCGGCUGCUGUGGGAGCCGCCCUCGUCGCAGAAGCAGUCCACUGAUCUGCUGGCGACCUCCGGCGACCACCUGCGGCUGUGGUCGUUGCCGUCCGAGACGUCGGCGAACCCAGGAAACACCAUUACUCGGCCCCAGCGCGAUUCCGCCGUUACGAAGCUGACACCCCUGGCGCUCUUGUCCAACUCCAAGACGCCAGAUCACACGGCCCCGCUGACGUCGCUCGACUGGAACACUGUUUCUCCCAGCCUCAUCAUCACCUCUAGCAUCGACACCACCUGCACAAUAUGGGACAUUCCGUCUCUGACGGCCAAGACACAACUGAUUGCGCACGACAAGGAGGUCUACGACGUACGGUUCUGCGCCAAGAGUGUUGACGUGUUUGUAAGCUGUGGCCAGGACGGAAGCGUUCGCAUGUUUGACUUGAGGAGUCUGGAGCACUCCACCAUUAUCUACGAGCCGACAGGCAAAGAGGAUCGAGAGUCCGGAGAGCGGAUGAGCCCUACAACUGCUCAGCAGACUCUUUCGAACCCUCCCCCGCUCCUCCGACUAGCUACGUCCCCCCAUGAUACCCAUCUCCUAGCGACAUUUGCUCAGGACUCAAACGUGAUCCGCAUCCUGGAUGUUCGGCAGCCUGGCCAGGCCCUGCUCGAGCUUCGCGGACACUCUGGGCCCAUCAACUGCAUUGAGUGGUCUCCGACACGGAGGGGGACGCUGGCCUCUGGAGCCGACGACUGCCAGGUGCUCCUGUGGGACCUCAUGAGCGGCUCGUCUAUCAACGGCUCGCAGCAGCAGGAGAACCAAAGAAGCCCCGUUGCAUGCUGGGAUUGCGAAUACGAAAUCGGAAAUCUGGGCUGGGCACCGCACUUGCAGGGUACCGACGGCGGCGAGUGGCUCGGCGUCGGCGCAGGCCGAGGCGUCUGGGGCGUAAAAGUCACGUAG